CAACCUUCCAUCGAGCGCGUCUUCAACCUUCCAUUGGCAGCGGCCUCUUCCAUAGAGCAGCGUCUUCAACCUUCCAUCGAGCGGGUCAUCUUCCAUUGGCAGCGUCUUCAGCCUUCCAUCGAGCAAUUUUCCAAGAUAGAAGGUAUGAAUACAAAGGUCUUAAUAAGGUCUGGAAGGGGAAAUUAGCAGAGGCAAAGGCUAGUGGGGAUUUUAUAAGGAUUCAUGAAGCACGUGUAUGGGUGAUACAGUUCCUUGAUCAAUCUUUUACAGUUCUUAUGUUGAUUGUUUUAUCUUAUUAAAUGUCCAGCAGGUGCAUUACACUCUCUAGUCCGUACGUAAUUGUACACAUUUCCUUUAUGUGUGUCAUUGCACUUAUUUUGAUGUCAUGUAUUGGUUUUACAUUCGGGUUUUUCAUGUCAAUUUGCUGAUGUGCAUGUAAUGUUGCCAUGAUAUGACUGUAUGGCAUGCCAUCUUCUUUCUCGGGAUUGUUGCUAAGGUAAGUUUUAAGAGCGAGAAAUGUUGAACAAUAUUCUCAUGAAUAGGAUUGAGUGUUUUUUCAGUGGUUCACACAGAUGGCAAUGUGGCAUAGGUAUGUGGUCCAGGUCAUUCAUCAGGUAAUGCCCUUCAAAAUGUUUGCUUGGAAUUUCAUGUUAUACCAGUAAUGGGUACAUUUGUCUCAUUAACUUCUCUAACAGUUGUGCAUGUUAGUUUGGACUGAUUAGCAUUUUCAUAUUACAGAAUUGCUUCGUGCCCUCUGCUUUUUAUGGACGCCAGUGGCUUGUCUUCUUUGGUUUGGCUUAUCUGGAGCUAGGAGUGGUAGUUUUGACCACUAUACAUAAAGCAGUUGUUCCAUUGCAGCAUCCAAGUGCAAUGUCCAAGCUAUUCAUUAGGUGGUUUUGACCAUGUCAUGAAAGUAAAUCUGGUUCAUUCAGCAGGUGGGCUAUAAUCUUAGAAGCAGUUGGAUGGGUAAAGACACUUCAACCAAGUUUGUUCAGCCGUAUUUUUGUUUCAUAAACUGUGGCCCACCUGAUGAGUGGACCAACCUGAUUCUUGGGGAAUAGCAUCUAGGUAGAGGCUCCACUCUAAUGAAUAAAUUGGAUCUCAUAGAAGAUUUGCCAUGCUGGCAGAUGUCUGCCAUGUACAUGAGCUGCCUUGUACAUGCCUGUGCUGACCAAAACCCAUAGUACCGAAAGGCAAGAAAGAAAAAAGAUAAGGAUCUUUAGCUUGCUUGCAUUUGUCCUUGCUUUGGCAGCGUUUGUUCUUGGGCUAUUGAAAGGUGACGAGGGCUAUAGUCGCAGUUAUUUCAUUUGUUUGAUCAUGCGCUAUUCUUUCAUGUGAAAGUUCACUUUCCAGCUGAAAAUUACUACUCAGCCCAUGAAGCUAAACACUUUUUUGUUUUGUUUUUUUGUUUUUGGUGUGUGCAGAUAAGCCCUUUGUUGGUGCAUCUGUUACUUCUCAUUCCUUUGACUGUGCUUCUUUCACCUCCCAUUGUCAUCUAUUCUCCAAGAGUUCUACUGGUGUAUUGUUAUGAUGCUCAUGCUGAUUGUGCCAAAAAUGUUAGGUCAAGUGGUGUACAUGGGACUAACAACUACAUCCUUACUGAAUUCUGAGAAGUUUCCUGUCAUAGUCCCGAAUUCAUUAUUUUCCAGUCAGGGCAUUGACCAACUAUGACAAAAUUUAGGCCCACAAGUAUAGAAGCCUUUUCUACAGUCAUCAAAUCAGUUUCAGAUUUUGACACCACAGCAGCAGCAGCAGCUCCUGGCACAGGCUCAGGCGCAGGGAAGUAUUGGGAGCUCACCUAAUUAUGGAGAUUUGGAUCCUUGAAGAUUUAGGCUUUUACCUAGGGGUAGCUUGAAUGGGAAAGAUGGUCAGCCCACGGGAAAUGAUGGUUCUGUAGGCUCCCCAAUUCAAUCAAGUUCACCAAAGGUCAGAUUAGGUCCACAGGAUCAAGCAGAAUUUCUCGUGAAGAUCAGGGUGGGAACCCAUGGGAGUGGUGUCAAUGUGAACCUCUGCCAUAGCUGGUUCCAAGAGCCUAGGUGAAAGAGGAAGGUGGAUGUCUGGUGGGGAGCUGAUGAUGAAGAUCUCCCAGAUGAAUCAGUCCUCCGCUCAGCAACAACAGGACCAGCUACAGCAGCAGCAACAAUUACAACAGGUUGUGGACUUAUAUCCUAAAAAAUUUUCAACGGAGAGGGAUGGCACCACGCAACUUCCUGUAUCUCUUUCUGGGCGAAGUGACGAAAAGCCGCAAAGGUCUCUGCUUCCUGCUUUUGAAUCUGCAGAAAUGCGCACCUUAGCAGAGAGUUUAAGUAGGAAUAUUAUUCAUGGGAAUCCAGAUGUGAAGUGGGAAAGCAUCAAGGGGUUAGAGAAUGCAAAGCGCCUUCUCAAGGAAGCAGUUGUGAUGUCAAUAAAGUAUCCCAAUGCUACACAUUGCGUAAUUCCAUGAAAGAGAAACUGAAGCUGAAAAGUCUCAUUGUUAGAUGGAUAUUAGAGUACUGAGCUUGAUCAGAAGUUAGAUGGAGAUUAGAGUUUUGAGCUUGAUCAAACAAAGUUGGGAGAUUGAUUCAGUUCAUCAGAUUAUUCCAUUUGGGCUGCAUUAGGAGUUUUGGCCAUGUUUGGUUGUAGCACUGAUAUUUGGUGGAAAGUCCAA